AUGGGGACGUGUCUAACUCGCACCGGGAAGUGUCGCCGGUGUGUCCAUGGCUUCUUGGGAGACAUGUGCAAUGAACACUGCCCCAGAGGUACCCACGGAGACAACUGCACCAUUACCUGUCCCAGAAACUGUGCUGGCGGUCAAUGCGAUCACGUGACCGGCAACUGCUACAAGUGUCAGGGAAAGUUUGCGGGACGUAUAUGUACCGAAUGCGCCAAAGGAUAUUACGGUAGAUUGUGCGCCAUGAAAUGCCCUGAAAGCUGUAAAGAUCAAAUGUGUAACAACAUUACUGGCCAUUGCUUUAACUGUGAGGCCCCGUACGAAGGAGACACGUGUGAAAAUUUCAAUAUGUUCCUCCUACCACACUGGAUAUAUCUGUUUGUCAUUAUUGUGUGCUUCCUGCUGCUGAUGAUAGUGUUUGUGUUGAUUCUGCCCAAGUCACCGCAACCACACCCGGAGGAAGAACGCAAACGUCAGGAAAUGCUCAUAGAACCACCUGCCUCUGAAGUCCCAGAGCCUUCAGAAGAUGAGGGUAGCGACGCUAGCACAGCAACAGUUACAGACCUGUCGCCGUAA